AGAGGAAGACAUUUUUGCCUCAUUCCCAUUGAAUUUUUCGCGAAGAAGUCUUCUUUUUUUUUCGUUUCAUUUGGUUUCGAUUUUGAUUGUCCGAGAUUGACCGAUGAUAAUAAUAAAAUAUAAAAAUUCCAAUUCAUCCAAAACGACUUCUCUCGAAAUUCGAUUAAAAUAAAAUUAUCUAGUGAUUAAGUGAAAGAAAACGAACUAAAACCAUCGCACCGAGAGUUCUUCUGAGAGGAGUUUUUUAAAAAAGUGAAAAGUUUUUGGCCCCACAUUCUGGGGCCAAAAGGCGGCGGAAGGCAGCAACUUGAGAGUAGUCACUCAGUUAGCACCUAACCAACCCAAAGAAGCACCACCAGCGACAGCUGAAAGCAGCGGCAACAGCAGCAGCAGCAGCGUUGUCGUCAGAAUCAGAACAAAACCACGAUAAUAGAUUUGGCUGUUUCUUUUCGUUUCGUUUUUUCGACUUUUAAGUAAAUUUAUGAUCAGUUUAUUUUCUAUCUGAAACGAUAAGACGUAAAAUAAAGGAAGAUUGUUGCUGGCUAAGAAGGAGAUUGUCAAAAAGUCAAAAAGAAUCAAAAAGAACAAGGAGCAAAGGAAAGGACGCAAUUCAAUUGGAAAUUGCCUUCGAUUUGUUUUGGCAGUCGAUUUUGUUUUCGUUUAUUUUUUUAUUUUGAAAAAAUUGUUGUUCGAGCGCCAGUGGGAGCUUCAACAUUGAUUGAAGCCUUAACCCACCAGUGCAAUCGACGAAUUUGAUGGAAGAAUUAUGUACCUGGAGCCUCUAAAUUUAUCGCUAACGCAGAUUAGUAUUUUGGUGAAGAAUCUGAACAAGAAGAACUACACACAGACUUGUGAAAGUUUGACCAAGUUAAUAGACGAAUUUGGGCUUGAAGCAGAUCGCCAUUGUCUGCGUUGCCUGUUUUCAAGUGUACAUUUUACAGAUCCAACGUGUACACCAUUCCACUGCAAACUACUCGGUAUCGAAUUGAAUAAACAGCUGGACAAGACUCCAGCAAUAUCAAAUAUCUGUUUUUCAGUCGAUCAUUGUUUCCCUUCGCAAAAGACUUUAAAACCAUCACCAAAUCUAAUCACCCAAAUAACUCAAGCAACUGGCAUCUCAAAGCUAAGUGAGGUAAUUGUUUCCAUAGCCCUUACUCAUUCCACAAAUGUUGAGAUUCAAACUCACGCCAGCGAGCAUUUGAAACGAACGAUUCCUCAACUCAUCGAAUCAUACACCAAUAACGAAUCGGCAACACCAACUGAACGCAGCCUCAACGACAUCCUUCCAAAUAUACUGCAGCUGAUAUUGUCGCUCUUCCGAAGCGAUACCUACGCCAGCUACGGUCUCAACGAGGAAUCCUACUCGAAGUUCAUACAAAAACUGCGAGAAGACUUCCCACGUGAAGGAGUCCCCUUGAUUUUGUCCCCAUUUCUCUAUCAAACUCACCAACAAGAGGAAGUCUCAAUCGAAGAAGUUUAUGACAAUCUAGCCGAGACCCUCACCCAGGCGAACAAUAUUAUGGACACAUCCUGGAUUAAUUUAAUCCUGGAAAUCGGCUAUGAAUUUACAUCAACCGUCGACGAAUGCAAGAAUCAUUUACGCUGUGGACGUGCAGACCUCCAGACACAGGAUGUGGCUAAGAUUAUUGGAUUGAUGUGCCGCACGCACACCUCUCUGUUAGACUGCAAUGUAAAUCUUCCAACUCCAGCUAAUUUCUGGCCAGGCCAGAACACUGGUAACAAUAAUGCCAGCAACAACAAUGAUACCACAAGCACCACAGUAACCGGGGGCAACAAUGCCAAUGACCCGCAAAAGAAAGACACUAAAGUGUCACAAGCCUCAAGUGACACCACACAAACAUGGAAACCAGACAUCUUCGUCCAGGCUCUGAAGGAAAUCGUCCCCAAUUUGCCGUGGAAGGAGGUGUGCUUUGCCCUCGACCACCAUGAGUUCAUAAUCAAGGACCGCAUCGGCCUAAAUUUGCUGUUGACAAUUUUCCGCCUCGGCACACAGUCGAGUGUGUUCCCGACAGAAUGUGUCUACCGCCACUGGCAGAACGUCGAGGGGCAGUUCUCGCUCAUCUCGAUGAUGCUGAAGAACUCCGAUCUGUUCUCCUUUGCCGACUACAUUUUCACGCCGGUUCCGGUUGAACUGCUGAAGACACCACCAGAAACGGACAACAAAGAGAUUGCGACAUGGAAAUCGCUGCAUUUGGUAGAAGUGUUGCUGUAUCUGGGCGAGAAUGGACCCUACACUCAGGUUACGGAGAUAUUCAAGUUUCCAGCUCAGCAUUGUCCCGAUGUUUUGGUCCUAUCGCUACUGCAGCUCACGACACCCAUCACUGGCUUUCGGCAGGAGCUGUACAACAACCUGAUUCCGACGUUCAUAGCGAACCACCCGAACUCGGGAGUGAUUCUGCAUCACGCCUGGAACUCGGCUAACUUUGCCAUGCACCUGCGUCCUACUAUCAUGCACGCAAUGUCCGACUAUUAUCUCCGUGGUGAGAACGAUCAGUCGCGGCUGUCGCGCAUUCUGGACGUCGCUCAAGACCUCAAGGCGCUCUCUAGCCUUCUGAACGCUAGGAGCUUCUUGUUUGUCAUUGAUUUGGCCUGUCUGGCCUCAAGGCGGGAAUACCUCAAGUUGGAGAAAUGGCUGAGCGACAAGAUUCGCGAGCAUGGAGAGCCCUUUGUUCAGGCCAUCAUCAAAUUCCUGCAACGUCGUUGUCCCCAGAUCACAGGAGCAAAGGUACCCGAUGACCAGAUACCGAAGGCCGCUCAACUUCCUCACGAAACGUUGACAACAAUGUUGACCUGUCUGCAGUCCUGCGCAGCCAAUGUCUCGCAAGACCUCUGUGAUUUGAUAAUCCAAAUGACGUCCAAUUGCAACUUGAUUGCCAACAAGGCGCGUCAACAGCAACCGCCUCCACCAGGUGUCAUCCGUACACACCGAGGCCUCGAGCAGCCUCCAUUCAAUGCAAAUCUGAAUGCCCAGCAGAUGUUCGGGCCCUCAGUUGACACUUUAUCUAAUCUAAGCACAAACCUGGCUGGUUUGAAUCUGGGCGGUCCGAAUGGAUCGUUCAAUUUUGGAAACGUGCUUGGCAACUUGGUCUCCACACCGGCAUCACCCUCGAGGCUGAUGAAUGCUGCACCCUCAAACAGUCCCUACCCGAUGGCGAUGGCACUGCAGGCACCGCCGAAUGCCAACAACAUCGGACGCAUUCCGCCAACUCCAAAUGCCAACCAGGGCGUUAUUGCUGACCUCGGGCAACCGGUCUCAAAGGAAGUGGAGGACGAGGCGAACAGCUACUUCCAACGCAUUUACAACCAUCCACCACACCCGACGCUUUCCAUAGACGAGGUUCUCGAUAUGCUGCAGCGCUUCAAGGAGUCCAACAUCAGACGUGAGCAGGAGGUCUAUCAAUGUAUGCUGCGGAACCUCUUCGAGGAAUACCGCUUCUUCCCUCAGUACCCGGAUAGGGAGCUCCAAACGACAGCUCAGCUGUUUGGUGGGAUAAUCGAACGUAAUUUGGCACCAACUUGCUUCACUCUUGGCCUAGCACUGCGGUGUGUUCUUGACGCUCUCAGGAAGCCGGUCAAUUCAAAGAUGUACUACUUUGGUAUAACCGCCCUGGAUCGGUUCAAGACGCGUCUCCGUACUUACAACAAAUACUGCGAGUUCAUCAGGUCCAUCCCGCACUUCCAGGAGUUUCCACCAUUGCUCAUUCAGUACGUGGAGUGUGGCUACAUGGAACAGGAGCCCCCAACCAAGGGCCCAGGAAGCAUUCCGCCCGGAUCAAUGUCUCAAAUCAUGCCAAGCCAACCGGGACAGCAAGCUGCUCCUGAUUCCCUCUACCGCAGCAACUCUGUGACGGGAAAUAUUGUGACCACCCCAGCUCAACAGAAGCCCAUGGUGGUGACUCGAGUCAAGUCUAUCGCAAACGCAACCAACAUCGAUACACUGCUCGAGGCGAACGAGGAGAAGAUCACCGUUCCGCCAGAGACCGUGCAGGACAAGACCGCAUUCAUAUUCAACAACCUCAGUCAGUUGAACAUUCCGCAAAAGUGCGAGGAGAUCAAAGACCUCAUGAUCAAGGAGUACUGGCAAUGGCUAUCGCAGUAUCUGGUCCUGAAGCGCGCCUCCAUGGAAUUCAACUUCCACACGUUGUACUUUAAUUUCUUGGACGCCCUCAAGAAUCCCGAGAUCAAUAAGUACGUGACCAAAGAAACUCUGCGCAACAUCAAGGUCCUGCUACGCUCCGACAAGGGCAUGAUUAAUUUCUCCGACCGGAGUCUGUUGAAGAACCUCGGCCAUUGGUUGGGAAUGAUGACGCUCGGACGUAAUCGUCCCAUUCUACAAGUGGAUCUUGAUCUUAAGGCUUUGCUUGCCGAGGCCUACCACAAGGGCCAGCAAGAACUGCUGUUUGUGGUUCCUUUUGUGGCGAAGAUUCUUGAAUCAAGUGGCAAGUCGAAAGUCUUCAAAACUCCCAACCCAUGGACCAUGGCGAUCAUGAAUGUUCUCGGUGAAUUGCAUCAGGAGCCGGAGCUCAAGUUAAACUUGAAAUUCGAAAUCGAGGUUCUCUGCAAGACUCUUAACAUUGAGUUGUCCAAGUUGAAGCCGAUAAUUUACUUGAAGGAUCCAACUCGUUCUAUGGGCAUCGAGCAUCAAAUGUCACAGCCCAAAGUGAAAGCUAUCGAAGUUGUGAGUGUCGCUCAUCAGCAACAACAACAACAGCAGCAACAGGUCCAACAGCAGCAACAGGUCCAGCAACAAGUUCAGCAGCAAGUUCAACAGCAGGUCCAACAGCAGGUCCAACAACAGGUCCAGCAGCAAGUACAGCAGCAGGUCCAACAACAAGUUCAACAACAGGUCCAACAGCAGCAGCAGCAACAACAACAACAGCAGCAGCAGCAACAACAGCAACAGCAGCAACAACAACAACAGCAGCAGCAACAACAACAACAGCAGCAACAACAACAGCAGCAGCAGCAACAAGCGAUAGCCAGUGCUAUCGAUGUGGAUCAGUCUAUGGUGAUGAACAACACUUCGACAACGAAUCCAUCGCCAAGCAUCAGCAACGAGAGCGCCGGACACAUCACCAUCAGUCCUCCAGAGCCGCGGUUCAACUACGUCGACAUCAACGUCACCAACUUCUCCCUGAUCGCCCAGCAUGUGGUGAUCUCUCCCAACAUCGCGAUCCUGCACACGAAUCCCAAUCUGAAGCACAUUGUGUUGACCGCCAUCGAGCGGACCAUUACCGACUGGCUCCAGCCCGUUGUCGAUCGAAGCGUUCGCAUUGCCUCGAGCACAACCGAACAAAUUGUGCGCAAAGAUUUCGCUCUAGAUCCUGACGAGUCGCGGAUGCGCACGGCAGCCCAUCAAAUGGUGCGUAACUUGUCCGCCGGAAUGGCCAUGAUCACCUGCAAGGACCAACUUACUCAAACUCUGAAUGGAAACAUAAGGAAGGCUUUCCUCGCGAAUAUAACGACAACACCGCAAGGACCACAGUAUCAGGACAUUGAUGCUGCCGCCAAUCAAUUGACAAACGAUAACGUGGAGUUGGCGUGUGCUUUUGUCCAAAAGACCGCCGCCGAGAAAGCAGCCCCAGAGGUUGACCGCCGCUUGGCCCCAGACUUCGAAACAAGGAAGAUAUCACGUGAAGAAGGAAGACGCUACGUGGAUGCGGAAACUCUGGCCUAUCAAUCGGAACGAAUGCCCGAACAAGUGCGUCUUAAAGUCGGUGGAAUACCAGCGAAUCAGUUUGCUGUCUACACCGAAUUCGCAAGAAACAUUCCCGGAUUCCAGCAGAUGUCGGAACGCGAUGCUGCUCUCUUCCUUCCCAAAGCAACAAUUCCCGUUAGUAUCAAUCAGGAAGUUCCAUUUGGAAAUGAUGAAUUGGGUUUGAUGUACGCUGAGUUAGCGACCCGCAUGGAAGGAUUCCUCAACAAUACCGUCAAUGUGUCUACUCUGCAAGUUCAGGCCAGUAAGAUGCAUGCCCUGCUCACAGCCCUGAUGGUAACGCGUCGUAUUCGGGACAACGAGAGCGCUCUGAACCUCCUCACACGAGUCGUAGAGGGUUUGGUCGAGGGCUUGGUGAACAUCCCAGAACAUGAAGUACACAUGAAGCUCUACCGCGAUGUACAUUUGCGUAUCUUGAGCCUGCUCCAGACAGCCUUCGGCACCGUGGCGACUGAGCGCGCUGUGACUAAGUGCAUUUUUGAGAUCCGCGAGGAAGUCCGUUGGAAUGUGGAAGCUAUCAAGCUUCUUAUCUCAUCGCACAUGGUCAACGUGCAGCAGCUGGACAUCUUGCUUCGUGAUGCCAUGGACAACGGUAACAACUACAUGGCUGUUACGUUCGCAAUGCAGCUGAUGGAGCGUCUACUGGUCGACGAUCGUCCAAGUCACAUUGUUCCAGAGAGCGAGUUCAUUGGAACCAUCGAGAUGUUGGCUCGUCUACACCAACACCGUCAUCGCUACCCAGAAGCCCUAACUCACAUGAUCGAGAUGCUCUGGGGUAACCAUGACUCGAGCAGUUUCAUGGCAGAACGAUACUCCACUGGAGCAGCACAGCACAUUCAUACAGGAUUGUCUCAUUCAAAUGAAGUUGAUGAUCCACCAGGCUUGCAGGAGAAGACCGAAUUCCUGCUCAAAGACUGGGUCUCAAUCUAUUCGCAAUCGAAUAACCUAUCUCGCGAGACUAAGAACUUCGGAGCUUUCGUCCAGAAGAUGAAUUUGUAUGGCAUCCUCAAGACGGACGAUUUGAUAACCCGUUUCUUCCGUCAAGCCACGCAGUUCUGCAUUGACCUGGUCUACAGAAUUCUCAACGACCAGUCUCACAAUCCAGCCGUGGCCAAGACCAAGAUCUUCCACUGGAUCGACGCCUUCGUCCAUCUCAUUGCUCUGUUGGUCAGACACUCUGGCGAUCAGGGAAAUCCCACAACGAAAAUCAAUCUCCUCAACAAAGUUUUAGGUAUCGUGUUGGGAAUUCUGUUGCAGGACCAAGAGAUCCAUGGCAGCUCCUUCCAACAGUUGGGCUAUCACCGAUUCUUCAUUAUGCUCUUCCUCGAGCUGAGCUCGCCCGACGCAGUCCUCGAGUCCUUGAUGCAGAGCAUUGUGACUGCAUUCUCGCACACCUACCAUCUGCUGAAUCCAUCUCGUGCCGCCGGCUUCUGCUACGCUUGGUUGGAGUUGAUUUCACAUCGCAUCUUUUUGGGAAGGAUUCUGGCCCAGAUUCCCCAACAGAAAGGUUGGCCGCUCUAUGCCCAACUCCUAAUGGAUCUGUUCAAGUAUCUGGCUCCAUUCCUGCGCAAUGCAGAGCUCGCCAAACCAGUUCAAGUUCUCUACAAGGGAACCCUACGUGUGUUGCUGGUUCUGCUGCACGAUUUCCCAGAGUUUCUGUGUGACUAUCACUUUGGCUUCUGUGAUGCCAUUCCUCCAAAUUGUAUUCAAAUGCGCAACAUCAUCUUAGCAGCAUUCCCAAGGAAUAUGCGUCUGCCUGAUCCAUUCACUCCAAAUUUGAAGGUCGACAUGUUGCCCGAUACGGCAACUGCUCCAAAGAUUUUCUCCAACUACGUCGUCAACAUUCAACCGGCCAACUUUAAGAAGGAUCUCGAUUCGUAUCUGAAGGCGCGAGCUCCGGUAACUUUCCUAUCGGAGUUCCGAAGUCACUUGCAGAUUUCAAAUGAGCCUGGUUCGCGUUACAAUAUACCUCUGAUGAAUGCACUUGUGUUGUAUGUUGGAACACAAGCUAUUGCGCAUAUUAGGAGCAAAAACUUCGUUCCCAACACAUCGAAUAUAGCACACAGUGCCCAUAUGGAUAUAUUCCAGAAUCUGGCUGUUGACUUGGACACGGAGGGACGUUAUCUUUUCUUGAAUGCAAUUGCCAAUCAAUUGCGCUACCCGAACAGCCACACGCAUUACUUCAGUUGUGCCGUUUUGCAUUUGUUUGCCGAGGCAAAUUCCGAAGCCAUUCAAGAGCAAAUCACGCGGGUUCUGCUCGAAAGAUUGAUUGUGAAUCGUCCACAUCCAUGGGGUCUGUUGAUUACGUUCAUUGAAUUGAUUAAGAAUCCCAUCUACAAGUUCUGGGAUCAUGAUUUCGUACACUGCGCUCCAGAAAUUGAAAACCUCUUUAAGUCUGUGGCUCGGUCUUGCAUGGUCAAAUCGAAUCACCCACAGCAGAUCUCGAAUUUAGAUGGUGAAAUUCAAGAAAUAAACUAAACAUAAAUAAACCAGGAAUUUCCUUUUGCAAAUCGAAUUUGAUGAUAAAAACUCUGCUAUCAAAAGAAGAUAAGAAAAAAAGGACGAAAGAAUAUUAUUAUUUUUUUUUUACUUUAUUUAAUUUUGUAAGUAACAGUUUUAUAAAAAAAAAGAAAGAAAAGAAAAGUAGAAAUGGAGAAAGAAGAAAUAAGAAUAUAUAAAUUGGUGUAUGAUAAAUAAAAUUAGAAAAUUAAACAAAAAAAAAAAAAGAACAACAACAACUGAGAAACCCCCAAAUUAAAUGUGUAAAAAUAUAAAACAAAACAAAGUGGAUAAUAUAAAACAUAGUUACAAAAUUAGUGUAAUGAACAAUUUUUAUUAAAAAAGAAAAUAAAUAAAAAUAAAACCCAAAAAAAAUGCAUAUACUGUAACUGUAACAAAUUUGUCGUUGAUCAUCUAAAAACAAACAAAGAUUUAAACAAAACAAAAAAAGAGAAACAAAAACUAAACGCUAUGUAAAUAUUUUAAAUGGUACAUAAUUUAAAUUAAAGAAAAAAGAAGAAAAGUCAUUACAAUUACAUUAUGUUAAUUGUAAUUAAAAAAAUUAAAUUUUAUUUUUGCUUCUAUAUAUUUCUUUCUCUUUGUGUCUCUCUCUCUCUCUUUCAUUUAUUAUGAAAUACAAAUACAUAUAUUUUUUCUCACUUCCUCAUGUUAUUUUUAUUUUAUAUUUUAUGCAUACAUUGUUCUUUUUAAUUUUAACAUUUGUACACUCUCUUUUUUUUAAAUAUACUAAAUUGUCAUUAAUUAUUAUUAUAAAAUUAUUUCAUAGGUACAUACACAAAUUUAGUGAAUUCAAACAAAAGCAAAAACAACAAAUAAUUCAUUAAUAAACAUAAAAAGAAGAAAAUUAAAAAAAGAGGAAUUUUAUGUAACAAAAAAAAAGCAACAUACAAUGUCCCUCGAUUAUUAAAUUUACCUGGAGAGUUAGAUUUUAUAUAUAUUCAUAUUAAAGAACACAUAGAUCUUAAAUAAUACAAACAAAAAUAAUAACAACAGCAUUAUGCAUCUUAAGAUAGUUUUUCAUAUAUUUUUUUCUUUUUUUUUUUAAAUUAAUUAAUUUCUUUUUUUUCAAAUGUACACCCACACAGUUUAUUAUUAUCUAUUUUUUUCAUUAAUUAUCUAUAUAAUAUCAUACGACCAAGUUUAAUAUAUUAAAUAUAUGUAUACAUAUAAUUUUGUUGCAGUAAAUUUUUACUUUGUUUAGUAAGUGAUUUAAAAAAGAUAAACAAAAAAAAAACAAAAACGUAAUACUUUGAGGAAUUCUUUGAUGUAGGAUAAUUUUUGAAUGUAAAAUGUAAUUGUAAAAAAGAAAAACAUAAAAACAAAAACAAAUCAAAUGAAAAACAAACGAAGCAAAAAAGAAAAAAAUGGGAAAAAGAUGAAAUUAAAAUAUUAUAAGUUAAUCUACUAACAUAAAAAUGAUAAUAGCAAAAAAUAUUUAA